AUGGUGAUUCUCUUGAAACUCACUUGGCGGAAGUCAACGGCAAACCACCGCUUGUAUCUUGCCAAGACAACCAUGGAAAUGUACAGUCUAGGGAAAAAAGCGAACGGCGUGAAGGGGGCAGUUUUCCAACCUAAUAUGGAUGGGCCCUCGCUCGGUAGGGCAGUCCAUGAGUUGCAGGUGGAGCCAGACCGUCAUCCCAUUACUGCGCAAAUUAAAGAAAGAUGUCCAUUGAAGAUUGGUUCGUGGAAUGUACGAACCCUAUGUCAAUGUGGCAAGCUAGACAAUAUUAAGCAAGAAAUGACACGCAUGGAAAUCAAUAUCCUCCGAAUCUGUGAAACAAGAUGGACACAGAAUGGUGACAUUUUUAGUGAUGAGCAUAGACUGAUCUAUUCAGGGGGCAUUGAGCAUAACACAGGAGUAUAUGCACCAACAACAGAUAGCAAAGAAGAAGAAAUUGAGCAGUUUUAUGGGUGCCAAGAAGAUGCAAAACGAAAAUGCAAAUCACAAGAAGUGAUCAUUAUCAUGGGUGAUUUAAAUGCAAAAGUCGGAAACAACACAGACAAUGAAGUACUUGGAAAAUAUGGACUCGGGGUACAGAAUGAGAGAGGCGAGAAAUGGACACAAUGGUGUCAGGCAAAUAAUCAAAUAAUCACCAACACUUGGUUUAAACAGUAUCCAAGAAGACUCUGGGCAUGGAAAAGCCCUGGAGACAAUAUAAGAAACCAAAUUGACUAUAUUAUAAUUUAUUACAGAUUUAGAAAUAUGGUCCAACAAUCCAAAACAUACCCAGGUGCAGAUUGUAACAGCGACCAUGUCCCUGUCAUUUGUAGAUUACAACUUAAACUUAAAACUGUCAAGAAAAACUAA